UAGUAGCUUCCUAGCUACCAUCAAUUAAUGCAUAUAUAAAGAAGAGUGUGUGUAAUAUAAAUUGUUUUGGUAACACGUACAAAUAUUGAUCAAGCUAGGUAGGUUUUAAUUAAAAUAUGGGUGAAAAUGUGAUGGAGCUAAACUUUGGUUCAUUAGCCAAUUUUUCUUCUAGCUCGUCAUCCCCUAAGCCAUUACGUUGCCCCGCACCAUUUCUAUUGAAAACCUAUGAUUUGUUGGAAGAACAUAGUGAAAUUGUGUCAUGGAAUGAACAAGGAAAUGCUUUUGUUGUGUGGUCUCCAGCUGAAUUCUCUGAGCUCACCUUGCCUAGAUAUUUCAAACACAAUAAUUUCUCUAGCUUUAUUCGACAAUUGAAUACAUAUGGAUUUAAGAAAAUAUCAUCUAAAAGAUGGGAAUUUCAGCAUGAGAAAUUUCAAAAGGGUUGCAAGCACAUGCUGGUUGAAAUAAGUAGGAAAAAGUGUGAGCCAAGUGUGUUUCCUUCAUACCUCAAGUCUUGUUCAGAGGAAAAUGCAAUGACUAAUUCAUCAGUGGAAGAAAACAUUAGUAACAAUCAUGAAUUACUCAUGGAAGAGAACAAGAACCUUAAGAAGGAGAGAUUGAAGUUGCAAAUGCAAAUAGAAGAAUGUAAGACACUAGAAAUGAAGUUGUUGGAGUGUCUUUCUCAAUAUAUGGAUAGCCAACAAAAUAAAGCUAGGAGACUUUGUUAAUUCAUACUCUUUUUUUAGCAGAUGUUAAUUAUACAUUUUAUCAUCAAGAAAUGAAGAAAAAGAAUGUGGAGUAAAUACUCAAGUUUUUGGAGUUUGAAGUUGUAGGGUUGUGUAUAAACAUAGUCUCCUCAUAUUAUUGAUAUUUUAAAAUGACUAAGAAAUUAAAAUGUUGGAUCUAAUUCGUUCCAUUUGUUUAA